GCACCGUUCCAUGCUAAAUCUCUCGCCAGGAGACCUUCAGAACGCUUUCUCGAGACCUCCUUUCCAUCUCGAAGUUGUCAACCAGCUCGCAUGCACCUAACCGAGACAUCUUCAGGAGGCAUGCCGGAAGCCGCCGACAAGGAUCAUUUCUGACAGGGGCCAAUUGAUCCGAUCCGAUCCCGUCGAAAUGUCUGGCCACGCAAGGCGACGCUCGAGUUCGAGCGUGCAAUAUCAACACCGCCGCGUCUACGAGUACGAUUACAGCUGCCCAUAUAUGGGAGAUAAUGAAAAGUCGAAGAUAUCCUCAAUCACCACGCUGCUCAUGAGAAUGAGGAGAAGGAUGCGAUCUCGACAAUUCCUCCUGCUGAUUGGCCUGCUCACCUUCGUUGGGUUCACGGUAUUCUACUUGCGACCACCUCCUGUAAUUGAACGGGUACCUCCCGGGACGAUACAACGGCCGCCGAAGAAGGAGACACUUGUUGCACAACCUCCUACGCCCUACUCUGUGAAAAAAGGCAAACCGCAGGCCGGGACCGGGCAUCCAGUAUGGCAGCUUAUAAAGGAGGCAGAGCAAGACUUCGAGAAGAAGUUGGAGAGUCAGUCGAAAUCUUUGGUAGAGGCAGUUGCAGAAUACCGGCGGCGAUACGGCAUACAUCCUCCCCCGAACUUCGACAAGUGGUACGAGUUUGCAAAGGCGAAGAAGGUUCAGAUGAUUGACGAAUAUGAUUCGAUACAUCAUUCCUUGCGACCAUUCUGGGGGCUGAAGCCGUCAACAAUAAGGAGCCGGGCACAAGAAGCUUUGGGGUUUGACCCGAAUAACCUGAUUGGAGUCCUGAUAAGAAAGAGGGAGAUCGUGAAGAUCGCUGGUGGAGGGGACUGGCAGAUGGAAGCUACACAGGGCAUGAUGAAGGAUUUCCUGAAAUAUCUGCCCGACAUGGACCUCUGCUUCAAUAUUCACGACGAACCGCGCGUAGUUAUGCCGUAUGAUGAUCUAUCAAGGCUGGUUGCCAAGGCAAACGACGUUACUAUGCCAGCAGCCGCGGCUGCUGUGAAGCCUAGGAAUUCGUGGUCCGACAGGCCAAAAGAUCUCAAUGAUGGGCAAAGGUUCAAAGACGUGAAAACGACCCGUUUUAAUGUGUUUGCACACCAACCUACCUGGACCAACUCGAAGAUGUCAUGCCCACCAGACAGUCCUGCCAGGUCACUCGAAGACGGCCUCAAGGAAGACAACUUUGGUAGCUACGCAUUGGGCGAAUUAGGAUUUAUUUACAACAAAACGGCUUUCUCUGACAUCUGUCAGUCUCCUUCCUUCAGCGAGACAUUUGGAUUUUUUGACCGGCCUAACGCCUUCAAUGUCGUUCACGACCUGUUCCCUGUCUUCUCCCAAUCGAAGAUUUCCUCGUACUCCGACAUUUUAUAUCCUUCUCCCUGGUACUGGUACGGCAAAGUCCCCUACGAGGAAGAAGCCGACAUGGAAUGGAGGGUCAAAGAAGACAAGAUCUGGUGGCGGGGUUCCACGACGGGAGGAUUCAGCAGAGACGGAGGCUGGAGACGUCAACACCGCCAGCGGAUUGUGCAAAAGGUCAACGGAGCCGAAAAAGCCAAGAUUCUCAUCAACCGAGGAGAAUCAGACCAGGAUGAAGACUGGCAAGUCAAAGAGGUUCCACGGAGCGAUUACAAGGAAAUCUUUGAUAUUUUCUUCUCUCAUGUUGGGCAGUGUGAUGAGACCGAUUGUGCUGCUCAGAAGGAAUUCUUCGAUAUCAAGGAGACGGCAAAGCAGCAGGAUGCGUGGAAGUACAAGUACCUACUUGAUAUUGACGGGAAUGCCUUCAGUGGGAGAUUUUAUGCGUUUUUGAAGAGUAGAAGUUUGGUGUACAAGAUGGCGGUUUUUAGGGAGUGGCAUGAGGAGUGGAUUAGACCUUGGGUACAUUAUAUCCCGUUGAGUUUACGGGGUGAUGAGUGGGUGGAAGCUGUGAGGUGGUUUGCGGGAGAGUCGACCGGGAAGAAGGAGGCGGAACGGUUGGCUCUUCAGGGGAGGGAGUGGGCGAACAAAGUGUUGAGGAAUGAGGAUUUGGAAGUGUGGUUUUUCAGGUUACUUUUAGAGUAUGGCCGGUUGGUAGACGAUGACAGGGAGUCUAUAGGGUAUUCAGCAUGAUGGUAUUUAGUACGAGGGAUUGUAUUGUAUAACAUGAGUGAUGCAUUGGUCUUCACUGGCAUAAGGGAAGGGGGGGCCUGGAGUUCAUAUGGGGAAACGGGGUUUAUGUUCGUGAUAGAUAUGUAGGAUUAAUAUACCCUGUGGUUCGUUCCAAACUUGUAUUUGGAUUACCGAAUAAUUUUAACAAUAAAGGUCAAUGUCCCA